UCUUGUUUAUUAUUAGAGCGAGAAAAAAAUUAAAUCAAUCAAAAUCUUGUCUCUUCCGAUCACCGCCUUGCGAUUCUCCAUACGCUGCCCCACCCCGUGACCAUUAAAAAGACAGGAGACUAGUAGCGAAGCAAAAACGACCAACUGAUUAUCCUUUACGUUGCUGCUGUUUAUGUCAUGUCCUUACAGAAAGUGUGCAGAUAGAGAAUAGGAGGAGGAUAAGGAGGAGAAAUAAGCAAAUUAAGAAUCUUCUUGAUUCUAUCCCUCAGCUGAUCCUCAAAGCAUACGCAUACUUGGCAGCCAAUCAUGACUGCUGAUACAACCUUACCGGGUUACUGGUUGAACUGGAGAUUCUUCCUUUGCGCUCUCUUUAUUUUAAUAUCUAUGGUUUUAGCAGCAAUUCUAAUAUGGAAAAAUGAAGGGUCUAAGGAAUCGGAUAGGAGAGAAAAUCAGCAAGAAAGACCAGGGUUUCUGUACAAAGAUGAAGCUUGGAAUACUUGUGUGAAAACAAUCCAUCCGGCUUGGCUGCUUGCGUUUAGGAUUAUCGCCUUUUUUGUUCUUUUAUCAUUGAUCACAGCAAAUGUGGUCACUGAUGGAGGGGGCAUUUUUUUCUUUUAUACUCAGUGGACAUUUGCUUUGGUGACAAUCUAUUUUGCGAUGGGAUCUUCAGUUUCCAUUUAUGGGUGCUGCUACUAUCGCUGUGUAUUGGGUGGUGAUCAGGUGAAUCAUGAGACUUUAGAUGCAGAACGAGGCACUUACAUAGCUCCAACACCUGGAGAAGAAAUUGUGAAUAUAUCCACCUCAGACAAAAGUUUAGAUACCAGCCAAGAACCUCGCACUCGCCAAAUUGCAAGUUCGUGGGGCUAUGUUUUUCAAAUUGCUUUUCAGAUGUGUGCAGGUGCUGUUGUGCUCACUGAUUGUGUGUUCUGGUUCAUUAUUUAUCCAUUUCUAUCAGCCAAAGAUUUCAGUCUUGAUUUUCUGAAUGUUUGCAUGCACUCAGUCAACGCUUUUUUUCUCCUCGGUGACACGGUCUUGAAUUGCAUGCGGUUUCCCAUGUUUCGGAUCGCAUAUUUUGUUUUAUGGACAUCCAUAUUUGUCAUUUCUCAGUGGAUCAUCCAUGCUUGUGUUUCAAUGUGGUGGCCGUACCCCUUUCUUGAUUUGUCAUCGCCAUAUGCCCCCGUAUGGUACAUGGCCGUGGGGUUGAUGCAUGUUCCAUGCUACGGCAUCUUUGCUUUGAUAAUUAAGCUGAAGCACAUUUGGCUGUCAAGAUCAUUUCCAGAUUCCUAUCAAGGUUUGAAGUGAGAAUUAGGACGGUACAUAAUGCCCACGACGUUAUCAUUGCUGCUAUUAGCACACAAUGGGUUUUUUUGGAGUAAUCAAUCAGGCUCCUCGCUUGGUACAUAGUAUAAUUGUUGUUUUUGAACGAGAAGCUGUGGAUUUGACAUCACAGCAUCCAGCACCGGUACGGGUUUUUUUUUGGCUCAAAAUAGUAAGAUUUUUGGGAGAAAAAAAUGUAAAAAUUGUCAAGCACCUACCAUUUUUUUGCAUCUCUUGAAAGAGAUGUAUUAAACAAAACGUGCUUGGAUGAAUUCAUCAAGGAAACGAUAUGGCACUACGCCACUAAUUUACUGCUGCCA